AUGACCGAUAAGCCAAAGGGCCCCGAGUCACGCAAAGUCCUACAUCAUUCCUUUGGCGACGUCGAUCACAACGAGGCGUUGAAGGUGGUACCGUACAACAAUGGCUUCGUGAACGGUAUCAUUCGCGCGUUCCAACAGGAUCUCCACCUCGUCCUACGACCGGACGAUGUUUGGCUGGCCAUCAUGGGCCAGUUUAGCUUCUACGUCAACGGCCAUGCGGAGGAGCUGAGGAGCUACUUUGUCGAACACCAGGGCAGAAAGAAACUCGUCGUCGACAUGUACCCUCAAACAAUGGCCACACUAGACGUUGCAACGGCAGCAAAGAAGUUUACACAACUGAUCCAACAAAAUGUGCUGGACCCGGACCUCCAAGGCUGGAUGCUGCCUGACUUCACAACCACCACUGACAACGAUAGAAGCGUCGCGGCACUAGUCAUGAUGGCAACUACAAAGGCGUACUUUGAGUACAUAAUUGUGAUGGGCUGUGGAUUUCCAAGCGUCACGCUUGAAGGAGAGAGGGAUGAUUGGGUGAAGCUCCUCGAGAGGCUGCCCAAGCUGGCGACCUUUGGCGAUGAACCAGCGCAAUGGGGAAGAUUGCUCACCAAGGUGCUGGAGAAGAUGAUUGAAACGUUCGAUCAACCAAACGAUGAAGACGUCAAGGACUUUUGGAUGAGGGCAGUGCACGAAGCCGGAGAGGAGGGCUCAGGGCGGGGACUCAUCUCACUGUCAGGCUGGAUCACGGCGUUCUGCUUCUGGGAUGAGAAAGGCCGCAUGAUCCGUCAGUAUACGGACAAAGAGCUGGCUGACCGCUCAUUUGAAGAAACUGAAGAUAGGAAGAGGUUGAUUAUCGACGACGUUGUCUUUCCAGUCAUCAGCGUCAAAAGCGUGCCGCGAGCGGUGGUUGAGGUUCCAGUCAAGGUUCUGGACGGUUAUACGAUGCUGGACUACGACACCACCAUCAUUGCCGGGUCAGUGGGUGUGACAGCAACUGCGAGCGAGGAAUACGGGGAACUCGAUACUUUCCAGCCACGAUCAGGGUGGUGGAUGUUGCAAGACAAGGUGCAGUCGCUGACUGGAGAAGACAUGUCGAAACAUCUAGAGCAUGUGUGCAAGGACUGCUCGGCUCACGGCUUUCUCUAG